GUACCCGUGUGACCAGAACGGGCAGGACUACCUGAGGCAGUCGCCGGAGGCGGUCGUCCAGAGAGCGCUCGCAGAGUUCAGGCCGCCCCGGGAGGGCGAGGCCGACUACUCCGCCCUGGUGGUGCGCUUCGUGCGGACCCUGCGGGAGGCUGCCGGGCUUUCGAGGUCCUUGGCGGGAGGCGCGGCGCCGGAGGAGGCGGCGCCGGACGACGGCGCGGUGCUGCAGGAAUUGCAGGCCUUCGAGCGGCGAUAUCCCCUCGACGGGGACGCGCGGGCGUACUUGCACAACUCGCCCCGCGAGGUGCAGUGGAGCGUGCUGCAGACGUUCAAGCCUCCCAGGGAGGGCGAAGCCGACUACUCAGCGCUGCUGAUCGCCUUCGCCAAGCGGGCGCGCACGAGCCUGGCUGGCCACAGCUGGCCGCCCCCCCAGGCUUGGCACGGCCAGCAGCAGUGGCAGCAGCCCGCUCCGCUGAGCGGCUCGCAGGUGGCCGAGGCGGUGCAGGCGUUCUGCCGGCGGUACCCGGUCGACGAGUCCGCGUACAACUACCUGGUGAUGUCGCCCCUGCAGGUGCAGGACCAGGUGGUGCGCGAGUUCCGCCCGCGCUCGGAGGGCGCGGGCGACUACUCCGCCCUCGUCAUCCCGGGCGCUGGCCUCCUCGGCCGGCGGCGGCGGCGGCGAGAGCGCGAGGCGUGCGCCUGCUCGGGCCUCGUGGGCCUCGCGGGCGGCCACGGGGGGGGGCUGUCCGUCGGGCACCCGCCCGCCCGCCGCCCUCUCGCCGUCGGCGUUUGGUCGGACCCUUUCGCCCUUGGCGUCUUGUCAAGCAUUCUCGCCCUGCUGAUGCGCCGUGCAGGCGCCUGGCACAACCAGGACCAGGACCAGGAGUACCAGGAGUUCAGAGGGCGCUUCCCGCACGACGAGGCCGCCCACCUCUACCUGGAGAACUCCUCCCCGGAGGUGCAGAAGCAGGUGCUGGAGACCUUCCGGCCGCAGCGGGAGGGCGAGGCCGACUACUCGGCGCUGCUCAUCACCUACACCAAGAGGUGCCGGCUGGGGGCGCAGGCGGCGGCCAGUGCCAGCGAGCACGGCGGCUGCGCCGGCGGCCUCGCCGGGAUGGCGCCGCCCGGCGAGCUCAUCGGCGGCGAGGAGAUGGGCGAGCUGGAGCUGUUCCGGUGCACGUACCCCAUGGACGACCGCGCCUUCCUCUACCUGAAGGAGUGCGCGCAGGAGGUGCGCCGGCAGGUCCUCGACGGCUUCUCUCCCCCGAGGGCGGACGACAAGGACUUCUCGGCCCCCGUGGUGGGGUUCGCCAAGCUGCUGCGGGCGCGCGCCGCGGAGGCCGCCAACGCCGCCGCCCGCGGUGGCGGCAACGGUGCGGCUGGGGGCGGCGACCUGGACGCCUUCCUGCGGAGGUACCCGAUAGACGCCCGCGCGCAGGAGGUUCUCAACACGGCGCCCCCCAACGUGCAGAGGAAGGUUCUCUCCGACUUCAGGCCGAGGCAGGAGGGCGAGAGCGACUACUCUGCCGCGGUGGUCUCCUUCGUCGGCCUCUGCCGCAGGACGGCGGCAACGCAGGGGCGAGCCGCCUUCGCGGGGCCGCCGGGAGGC